AUGCUGAGAAACACUGUGGGGAAGAGCAAAACCAGUAUCGAACAAUUGAUGGCUAAGAGCCAGAUUGUGAGGUAUAAGCGUACCAAGAGCCAGGGUGGGCUUUCACCGCUUACACAGAGGGUAGUCACACAGCUGAGUGUGCUGUCGGCAGCCAGGAAGCAACCGAAGCUGCUAAAGCUCUCGAAGGAGGACCUAGUGAAACAUCAGACUAUAGAGAGAAGCUGGAAGCUAUAUCAGCAACAAAAGACCACUAGACAGUUGGCACAAUUGAAGCAACAGUAUUUGGCAAUGGAGGAGGCCAUGGAGACCCUGAAGUCCGUGAGCCCGGAGUUGUACGAAGAAGCAAACAUAUCAGAAGAAGGUAAGCAGUUCCCACUAGAUAUAAAGAUCACCACCGAUGCUCCACCAAACAAGAUAUGGCAUUACAAUUUCAAAAAGUAA